AUGUCAUGCUUCAUUAGUGCAAUAUCCAGCCCACAUAGAGAAAGGUGUUACUUUCUGAAAUGGAUGAGAAUGAACCUGGACAACUUGUCUAGAACAGAACUUUCUGGCCUUAGGGAGCUUUACAAGGAAAAAUGCAAAGAUUCUGAAAACAAACAAGAGAUCAAAGAAAUUGACCAACAACUUUCCAGCAGCUCACUGGGAGUUGAGCAGUUCUUCCGUGAAAUGGGUCAGAUCUAUGAAGCUUCUCUUUACCUUCCAGAAACAGAUCCAUCACGUCAACAACUGCAACAUCUGCCCAAACUCUGUGCUCAGUUGUUGCUGGAUGGAUUUCCUCUUGAGCUUGUAGAUGGAGAUGCUUCCAACAUUCCUCUCGGAUGGGUGAGUGAUGUUCUCUCUCAGCUCAAUGACUUGGUGUCUCCAAAGAACAAGAUCCUGGUCGUCACAGUUCUUGGAGUUCAGAGCACAGGGAAGUCCACUCUCCUUAACACCAUGUUUGGAGUUCAGUUUGCAGUCAGCAGUGGUCGAUGCACUAGAGGUGCCUUCAUGCUGCUCAUCAAAGUCAAUGAAGACUUCAAGAAAGUUCUCAACUGUGACUUCAUGAUGAUCAUCGACACUGAAGGCUUAAAGUCACCAGAGCUAGCACAGCUGGACAACAGCCAUGAGCAUGACAAUGAGCUGGCAACACUUGUUGUUGGUCUGAGUGACAUCACCAUUAUCAAUUUUGCAAUGGAGAAUUCAACAGAGAUGAAAGACAUCCUGCAGAUAGUGGUGCAUGCUUUCCUCAGGAUGAAGGAGGUCGGCAAAAAGCCUCAAUGUCAGUUUGUUCACCAGAAUGUUUCUGAUGUUUCAGCUCAUGAGAAGAACCUGAGAGACAGGGAGCUGCUGUUAGAACAGCUGAAUGAGAUGACCCAGGCUGCAGCUAAAAUGGAGAAGAAAGAGGAAAACAAGAGCUUCACUGAUGUGAUGGAGUAUAAUCCAGACACUGGGAACUGCUACAUUCCUGGACUCUGGAAUGGAAACCCACCAAUGGCUCCAGUCAAUGCAGGAUACAGUGAGACUGCCUAUGAACUCAAGAAAAACAUCAUCCAACAGCUGGGAAAGUGUGAGUCAACUUCUAAUAACAUCUUGGAGUUCACAGAGUGGAUAACCAGCCUGUGGAACGCAGUAAAACAUGAAAACUUCAUCUUCAGCUUCAGAAACAGCCUGGUGGCUGAUGCUUACAUGAGGCUCUGCACAGAGUACAACCAAUGGGAGUGGGAGUUCAAAAAGGAAAUGUACAAAUGGGUUACCACAGCAGAAACAAGAAUUUCCAAUUUUGGUUCAUUUGCUGCAAAAUCUAAACUAUCUGACAUGAAUGAAUUCAUGACCGAGUUGAAAAGUGAAGCAAUCACAGAGCUGACCAAGUGGGAGACAAAGAUUCUUGAGAAUCUGAAGAAAUACUUUGAACAGCCAGAAGGUCAUGUUUAUCUGGUUGAAGGAUACAGAGAGGAUUUCUCCAACAGCAUAAAGAGUCUUCGACGACAAACUGAAAGAUCAGUGUUCAACCAGAUCACAACAACAGCUGACAUUAAAGAGGGAUUGAAAGAACUCGACAAAAUCAGGGCCACUUAUACAGAAAAAAUUGAGAAAGUAGUUUGUGCUUUAAUUGAUAAAUGUCCAGACUUCAAAUGUCUUCACAAGUGUGUCCCAUCAGUUACAAACAAAUCUUUCUCCUAA